AUGAGUGACGCCAAACGCAUAAAGCUCGAGUCGAGUCACCGGCCUAUUAUUGUGACACAUUCCGGCACAUUCCAUGCAGACGAGGCACUUGCUGUGCAUCUGCUCUCGAAGCUGCCUGUAUUGCAUGAUGCCGAGCUCAUACGAACGCGUGAUCCAGCCGAAAUCGCUAAAGGCACCAUUGUGGUCGAUGUAGGUGCCGAAUACGUGCCUGAAAAGCACAGGUACGACCACCAUCAGCGCGGAUUUUCCGAGACGUUUGAUGCCGAGCAUAAGACGAAGUUGAGCAGUGCCGGACUUGUCUGGAAGCACUUUGGCCGUGAUAUCCUCACAGCGCACUUGAACUGCUCAGCUGAUGACAAGCGCAUCCCAGUUUUAUACAAAAAAAUGUAUGAUGACUUUGUCGAGGCUAUCGAUGGCCACGACAAUGGAAUACCUCUGUACCCUGGAGUCAGUGAACCGCCUGCGUACCGAUCGCGCACAGACCUUUCCUCUCGAGUAAGCUACAUGAAUCCUCGCUGGAACGAGACAUGGGAUGAUGCCGAUCUCUUGGCCCGCUUCCGUCGCGCCUCGAGCAUGGCAGGUUCAGAGUUCUUUGACCGUGUGAACGAUGCUGUCGAUGGUUGGUUCCCUGCCCGUCAGCUCGUUGUCGACGCUCUUCAUGCACGCAAAUCGUUUGAUGGUGCCGAUGAAAAGGGUCGGAUUGUUCUGUUCCAGCGUGCUGUAGCAUGGAAGAGUCACAUCUUUGAUCUUGAGGAAAGCAUGAACAUUCCCGACGAUGAGAAACCACUCUACAUCGUCUACCCUGAUGAGUCGAACAAAUGGCGCGUACAAGCAGUGCCUGUCAAUCUCGAGAGCUUUGAGAGCCGUAAGGCUCUGCCUGAGGCUUGGCGAGGUAUUCGCGACGAGCAGCUCAGCGGACUGAGUGGCAUUCCGUCCUGUGUGUUCGUUCAUCAGUCCGGCUUCAUUGGUGGAAAUCAAACCAAAGAAGGAGCUCUCACUAUGGCCAAAAAAGCGCUUGAAUAA